AUGAUGAAUAUGGAUAUUUAUAUUGAUAAUAUACUAAAUGAUGAAAAAUUACAAUUGUUAUUCCAGCAAAUGAAUAUUGGUCAAGAAAAACAAAGAGAAUUAGGUUUAGUGUUCUAUCAAAAUUUUAUUCAAUCACCAACAACAGAUUAUUAUUUGAAAACAAUAAAAGAUGCUUUACUUAAAAUUUCAUCAUUAUCAUUAAUUCAAGACGAUUUACAAGACAUUAUCAAAGAUAUAGCCAAUUCUAUACACCAGCAUUCAAUUAUCUUCCAAAAAACGAUUCAGCAUGUGGAAAAUAUUGAAUUCCCAGGUCGAGCAUUACGACGACUAGAUACGGCCGUUUACGAUGACGUACACGGCCGUAUACGCCGAAUUUACGGCCGUAUACGGGCCGUAUUUUAA